AUGGCGGGAUUGAUGGUUACUCUCGGAGGUAAAGGAUGUUCAUUCUCUUCUUUCUCCGUUUACAAGGUUGCUUGCGGCGUAGCUAACGUACGCAUCGACUCUUCUGCGAUAGAGAGACUCUCCACUAAACCCCUUCCAUUGAUCAAAAGAAGCUCCUUCUUUGGUAUCCUCCCUGAAGAGUUAACGAAGGAAGAGAUCCGAGCUUCUUUGGUUGUGCUCUUAAACAAGCUUCUUUUGUCAAACUCCUCCGGUUCGGUUCGGUCUGUUCUUCCGGUUAGGAUAUUGGAGAUUCUGAAUUCAAAGGAUGAUGAGACGUUCGAGUUGGGUGACGUGGAAGUGACGGAAGAGGAGAGCGUUGUGUUGGAGAAGUCUUGUGCUUCGUUGGUUGGGAUAUGUUCGGUUAUAGAUCACAAGUCAACGGUUUUGUCACAGAUUGCUGACUCUGUUGCUGCAUUGAGUAUUGAGGCUACAAAAGGUGAUAUCACUUCCUUUAGUUCGUUGGAUUCUGGAGAUGGGUUUGGUAAUAAAGAUGCCAUCAGUGUUGCUGGUGAUCUUAAGGUCUUGCUUAAUGGGUCUAAAGCUGUGGGGAAAGUGGGGGUUGAAGAGGUUUCGAAGAUUCCGAGGAUUCAUGGGAAGUUCAGAGACGUGGUGAGGAGUGUGCACUCGGAUGCUCGGGUUGAGUUGAAUUCAGCUGUUAAAGAUGGUGGAAACAGUGGAAUUAGUGAGUGUUUAGGAGCAACAUUGUCAGCUUUGUGUGUACCGAUUAAAAACUUGGGUGAAUGUUCGUUCAAACGUGCUAAGCUUUGUGUUGUUUCCAUUGUAAAUGAUAUUCUGAGGGAACACUUGUUGGAAAAGAGUUGUGCUGAGUUUGAGAACCUGAAGAGUGGUCUUAAGUUAGCUCUUGUCGAAGAGGAUCCUUGCAGAUUAGCUCAUAGGUUGAAUGAGUCUCUGAGUGUUGUAUGGAGAAUCGUUGGUAUCGAAGCAGCUGCUGCCUAUUUUGCACUUGCUGGUGGAGAUUUGUUUGCAAACAAAGAGGAGUUAAAGAGCGAGAAAGAGGAGUCUAAAGGCGACAAGAAAAAGAAGAAGAAUGAGAAAAAGACCCUCUUAGGGAAGGGGACAAGCCUCAUUAUCCAGUUUAUCAAAGAUAGAUUGGUGAGUAACGAUGAAGCAAACGGUUGUGGUGACCAGAUUGUGGAUCAAAUCUUAAAUACUUUCAAUCCUGAGAGCUGCGGUUUUGAUUGCUUGUUUGCUAAAGUGAAAGAGAUUGUAGAAAGUAAUGAAAACAGGAGACUUCCCAAACUUCCAAAGGGUACUCGAGAUUUUUCUCAAGAAAAGAUGAUAAUCCGAGAAAAAGCAUUUUCAAUCAUACAAAAUGUUUUCAAGAAACACGGUGCAACUGCACUUGACACUCCUGUCUUUGAACUGAGAGAGACACUUAUGGGCAAAUACGGAGAAGACUCAAAGCUGAUCUACGACAUUGCUGAUCAAGGUGGAGAGCUUUGCUCUUUACGAUACGAUUUAACUGUUCCAUUUGCAAGGUACUGUGCUAUGAAUGGUAUCACAUCAUUCAAAAAAUACCAAAUAGCUAAGGUGUACAGAAGAGAUAAUCCAUCUCACGGGAGGUACAGAGAGUUUUACCAGUGUGAUUUCGACAUCGCUGGUUUGUUUGAACCAAUGGGACCUGAUUUUGAAGUUGUCAAGAUUUUAACUGAGCUCCUUGAUAAAUUGGAGAUUGGAGAUUAUAGGGUGAAACUGAAUCAUAGAAAGUUGCUAGAUGGAAUGCUGGAGAUAUGUGGAGUACCAGCUGAGAAAUUCAGAACCAUUUGCUCGAGUAUCGAUAAGUUAGACAAGCAAUCAUUUGAGCAAGUGAAGAAAGAAAUGGUGGAGGAGAAGGGUUUGCCAUCAGAGGUUGCAGACAGAAUCCGGAGCUUUGUCGACAUGAAAGGAGCUCCUAUGGAGCUAUUGUCUAAACUGAGAGAAGAAGGGAGUGAGUUUUUAGGUAACAAGUCAGCAAAAGAAGCUCUUGAUGAGUUGGGUAUAAUGUUUGAAGCGCUUGAGAGAUCAAAGUGCAGCCAGAGAGUAGUCUUUGAUCUAAGUCUAGCUAGAGGUCUUGAUUACUACACUGGGGUCAUCUUUGAAGCCGUUUGUAUAGGAGCUGAGGUUGUUCUAUCUAGAAAGACACAGGUUUUGGUUAGUAUAAUGGAGGAUAAUAAGCUAGGGGAAGCUGCAGAACUGGCUAGUAAGUUAUGGGAAGCUGAUAUCAAUGCAGAGUACCUUGUGACCAAAAGGAGAGGAAAGCAUUUCGAACGUGCUACUGCUACCGGUUCAGAGAUACCUUGGAUGGUGGUUGUGGGCAAAACAGAACUCAGUGAAGGUGUUGUGACACUGAAGAAGAUCCUCAAGGGAAGUGAGGAGGAAGUUCCAGGAGUUCCUAGAGACACUUUCGUUGCAGAAUUGUUGAAACGUCUCUGA